UUGACGAAACUAUAGUUAAUUGGUGCGUUUGACGUGCAAUUGGUGCAAUGAUUGUUAAAUGGUCUUUCUUUUCCUAUUAUAUUUAAGCGUAUUUCUUAAAUAUAGAAAUGUAUGAUACAACAUGACACAAAUUGAUUUCCAAAUACAACAUUAAAUAAAUUUACUAUAAUGGGUAAUUGUAUGCGAAGCGUAUUGCAAAAGUUACAAAAGAAGAAAUGUGCCGAAAAGAGUAUUAUCUUGCUUAUUGUGGGUCUUGAUAAUGCGGGAAAAACUUCGAUUUUGAACUGCAUCAGUGGAGAUUCAGAUAAAACCACUUUACCUACGAUAGGGUUCCAUGUAGUAUCUUUAAAAUAUAAAUCAUACACUGUAAAAAUUUAUGAUGUUGGUGGAAGCUCUCAAAUCAGAUCUUUAUGGCCAAAAUACUAUAAUGGUAUACAUGGUCUUAUAUACGUGGUGGAUGCUAGUGAUAUUUCCCGUCUUACAGAAAAUAAAGUUGUAUUUGGUGAAUUAAUUUCACAUGAAUAUAUUUCAGGAAAGCCAUUGUUGUUGCUUGCAAACAAACAGGAUAUAAACGGGGCUAUUGAUGAAUUAGAUCUCGUUGAAAACUUAGACAUAGAACAUGCUGCUAAUACUAUGAAAUGUCCCACAAGAGUGGAAAUAUGUUCAUGUAUUUGGAAAGGAGAUCAGUCAAAAGAUAAUACUAUAGGUAUUAAAAAUGGAUACAAAUGGCUGCUGGAUAUAAUAGUGAAGAACUAUACAACUUUAAAUACUAGGCUUAAAAAUCAAAAUGCUCAAAGUGAAAGAAAUAUUGAAGUACAAAGCGUAGUGUUAGAUUCACCAUCAAGAUUAUCAGUCCAUUCCAAUCCCUUUAAGCCAAUCAAAGAACUAGUUUUAAAAAGGGAAGAUGCUCAAGCACCAAGUGUUUCUCAAAAUGGUAUAGUAGCAAAUGGAAAAAAGCUAAAGAAAAUGUUUACAUAUAGAAAUAAGACUGCACCACUGACUACUGAGGAAUCUGUCAUUGAAAUUAAGGAUAUGUCAGAAACUGUUAAAUUUACUCAAAACAUUCUAGAAUCUCAACGGAAUGUUCAGACACUUCCACCGAUAUUAAAUCCAGUAACACUAGAUACAUAUUCACGUGCAGUUAGAUCAAAAAAUAAUCGUCCAUAUACAGCUCCAGAGCGUUCACAUUUUAUAAAUAAGAUAACAGUAAUUAAUAUUCCUAGGCAAGUAACAUAAAAGCAAUAUUUUUAAUUGUACAGGUAAUAAUACGGGACCAUUAUUAAAAAAUAUGAUACAAUGUAUUUAAAAUUAUAUUCAGGCAAAAUAUUUUAACAACGAAUUUUUUAUAUUUAUCUGAUAUAACAUGAAAAAAAUAUUAGCAAUGUUUAUUAUGUGAGCGAUUGUUUAUGUAUAUAAUAUUUGUAUACAUUCAUUUGUUCUAGUCAUGAAAUACAUAUAUAUAAAUAUUUU